UCCGUCUUAAUUAAGAGUGGUUUGAAAGAGAGAAAAGGAAAACCCUUCAUCUUUCAACCUAGAUCGUAAAAACGAGGAGGCUAGGGAUUUCGAAUCUGAAGAAUGAACAUCUGAAUCGAUUGAAAUGGGGGAGGAGGUGGAGGACCCUUACAGUAAGUGGGUCGAGGAUUGCAGGUACUCAUCUUCUCAAGAACAGUUAUUUACGACUAUAGAGUGCGACCUUCCUGUUAACUUGUCAUACCACGAGUACUACAACCCCAAAUCAUGGUACAGAGGAGAGGGUUCAUCAUCAUCCUCCAAGAAUCAGAAUGGAAAAUCUCCAGCGGACAUGGGUAAGGGUUUGUCACCGCUGCCGCUGCCUAGAAUGGAUUCUUCUGUCGAUGAAGAUGAUGUUGUUGUAGCAGGGGAUGAAUCUCUUCGCAAGGUUUCCCAUUCUCAGAUGGAAUGGGAAACAACAGCUCAAGUUGUUCGAAUAGAAAGGGGGGACACUUCAAGCUCUGUCUUUCAUUGCGCUCUGAAUUCUCGAGAGGAUAUCAUCGACCUGUUUCCGGAAAUUGCUGGAGAGAUCCCUCUUGACAACUCAAAGAAGACGGGAGAGGGUUUCGGUUCAGCAGAUAUUCGUAGCAAAAAGGUUUCCGAGAUUUCAUCGGAAGCAACUCAAGUUUCGAGUGCGAGGGAGGAGGAUGACCAUGUGGACAUAUUGGAAAUAGCAAAAAAGCGGGGUUUGAAAUUCUUCCGUCCACGAUGGUGGCCAGAGGAGGAAGAGGAGGAGGAACUCUGAUUUUGAAACACUCUCGUGGCCUCAUGGGAGGAGCUGGAGAGAGGGGGUUGGGUUUGUUUUGUUUUGUAGAAAGGAAAUGUGAAUGGAAAGCUGAGGCCCUAGUAAUAGAUGGUACAGGGAAGGUUUUUGAAGUACAGGGAAUUUAAAUUUUUUUUUUUUUUUUUUGUAUGUAAUGGUUCAAACUUCAAAGUAGAAAAAGAAGCUGUUAUUUUGUUAUGGGAUUUUUUUGUAUGUAAGGGUUCAAAGCAGAAACAGAAGCUGUUAUUCUGUUAUGGGUUCCAAGCAGAAACCUAUGUUGUUCUUGUAUUUUUAUGGGUUCAAACAUGAAAUAUGUGUCAGGCUAACAACACAAACUGAUGAAAUAGAUUUUGCCAUAAGA